AUGUACGAAAUAGAUUCUCCAGAGAAGUUAGCUGAUGAAGAUAUUCCCGAAUUGAAAUGUGUGUCCGCUGUACAAGCAGUGGUUAAUAUGGAUGUUCUACCAAUUUUCUUCAAAUAUGAAUCGUUUAGAAAACUGCAACGAGUGUUGGCGUACAUAUUGCGGUUUUAUAAAAACUGCAGAGAAAAGGUUAAGAUGAAUCGUGUAAUUCAGCGAUAUCCUACAGUGGAGGAAUUGCGGUCGGCAAUGACUACCAUAGUUCGUGUGUUACAAUUUCAAAGUCUAGCUGAUGAAAUUGAAAGAGUGAAGGCAGGUAAGCCUUGCAAGCAUAUUGGAAACUUAUGUCCAAUAAUUAAUAACGGGCUGUUGAGAGCGGGUGGUAGAUUACGUCAUUCGAGUUUGACUGAUGAAGGUAAAUACCAGUUAAUUUUACCUGGUCAUAAUAUGGUGGUUCAAAAUUUUAUAAUGGCUAUUCAUCGUGAGAACCUCCAUGUGGGCCCAUCUGCUCUUAUGGCUAUUGUGCGUAGACAGUUCUGGGUUCUGAAUCCACGAUCCACAUUUCGCAAAGUGACCAGAAAUUGCGUCACGUGUUUCAAGUGCAAACCAAUAACUGCCAAUCAAUUCAUGGGUGACCUGCCUGCAAGUCGGUGUGAUAGAGCUCUAGCGUUCCAAAAGGUGGGUGUUGAUUUUGCCGGACCCAUUUUUAUUAAGCAAACAGGUCGUAAGACUGCUCCCGUCAAGGGCUACAUAUGUGUAUUCGUGUGUCUGGUGACAAAGGGGAUUCAUCUCGAGGCCGUAGAGAACCUUUCAACCGAGGCGUUUAUGAGUGCAUUGGUUCGGUUUGUUUCUCGACGUGGACUUCCCGAAGAGGUGUAUUCUGACCAUGGAACAAAUUUUGUCGGAGCAAAACAUGAGCUGCAUGAAUUAUGUGAACUUUUUAGGCAGCAACUAACUGAGAAGAAAAUUUUUGAAUUUUGUCAUUCUCGUCAAAUUCGUAGGAGAAUGAUUCCGCCGAAUGCACCACACAUGGGUGGGCUAUGGGAAGCAGGCGUGAAAAGCACUAAGACGAUUUUGAGGAAGGUGUGUCAGUCAGCUUUGUUAACAAUGAGUGAGUUUUCGACUUUACUGUUCCAAAUCAAAGCACUUUUGAACUCAAGACCCUUAUAUGCUUCAUCUGACGGCCCGGCAGAUUUGGAACCUCUCACUCCGGGUCAUUUUCUAAUUGACCGACCAUUGAAUGCAAUUCCUGAGCCAACAUAUGAUGAAAUCCCCAGCAACCGCCUCUCUCGUUGGCAAUAUGUACAACAUCUUAGGGAGAUGUUUUGGAAACGCUGGUCCCGUGAAUAUUUAGUGGAAUUACAAGUCCGAGGCAAAUGGACUCGUAAGCAUGCCAACCUUCGAAAGGGAAUGAUUGUGCUCAUUAAAGAAGACAAUCUGCCUCCGCAACUCUGGAAGAUGGGAAAGGUGGAAAACACUUAUCCGGGAUUAGACAACAUGGUGAGGACGGUGGAACUGCGAACCAAGGCUGGUUUACUGAUGAGACCAAUACAUAAACUUGCUCCACUGCCAAUUUUGGAUAAUCUACAAGCUUACGAGACUGAAAUCGACGAGUCCCGGGGGGAGAAUGUUCGAGCCAACCGGUUCAGCUCGAUGUAA